AUGUCCUCGAAGGACUCUGCUAUCUACCCGUCUUCUCAUCCCUCCAGCAAGCGCAGAGGGUCGAAUGCUGCACAUCACCCCUCCAAUUCAACGAUUGGCACCGAUGCUGGUACCCAGUGCCACCCCCUACCACCCGACUCUUACACUACGAAGCGACGAAAGUCUGUGACCUUCAGCGCUGUGUCAUUGGCCUCCGAGAAUCAAACGAUACCUCUGGGACCAACCACCUCCCGGAAUCGACGGGAAUCUACGUCAUCUCCUGACGGCGCUGUGCGCUCUGUUGCCCCUCCUCAGAUCCCUGUUUUGAACAUAACCGCGAACCAUCAACAUACUCGCGGCAGACGCAUUUCCGUCAAAACAACCGAUCACGUUCAUGCUGUUCCAGACGCUUUUGAAAGCAGUCCAGACUCCCCUUCUCCUAGAAAACGAAGAUUCUCGAAUGUGGCUCCCCCUUCCGAAUAUUCGAAUCCCCCUCGAGACGGAAAUGUACACCACUCUCCUCGCAAACGCAGGAUUUCCGUUCAGCCCGACAACGAACGUGCCACCGAUCAUAUUCGUUACGCUCACCUCCCACAUGAGUCCAAGGCAAUAUCGAGCGCUAAGCUGAAUUCGCAAGCGCCGAAGGGGCACAAACCAUCUGUCGUGUACCCACCCGAUCAAGUUCCGCCUCCUGAUCUUUGCGCCAAAGUUAACGAUCGUUUACGGACUGCCACGGAUAACUCGUUUGACUUUGCUGAACACGUAAGGCACCGAACCUACGUCGUUCGCUCUCUUCCUCUUGCCUACGGGCACGAGUGUGUUGUGAUGCUUGAUGCUGGUGUUGAUGCUCUGCUCCCUUCCGAAUUCCCCUCGAUAUCUGGCGUCAACGGGGCGGACUUCGACGUCAAUAAAGCACCGGGAAAAGGAUUGGGACUGUUCGCUCGGCGCCUUUUCCAGUGCAAUGAGAUCAUCCUUGUCGAGCAUCCUGUGGUGAUCACGCCGUAUCUCGUCGGACCAUGUGUUCCUCUACUGGACGUAUAUGCCGACAUGUUCGGGCGUUUGUCUGCUGAAGUAGUCCAAGCGAUAAGCGGUCUUUCUUCUCCUGGCUCCUGGGAAGACUUGGAAGACUCGUAUGAAACCAUUUUGCGUGCCAACUCCGUCGCAAUCUCCCUUCCUAUUCCGAAAGAAACCUUUGCAGAGUUGGCAACGCACAAGGCAUUGUUUUUACUGGCCAGCAGGUGCAACCACAGUUGUGGACCCAACUCAAAAUGGGAAUGGGACGAAAAGAGGUUCUCUCUUGUGCUCACGGCCGUUCGCCAAAUCAAUCCUGGAGACGAGAUCACCAUUGCAUACGUUUCUCCACAUAUUCCAUUCGACCGCCGCCGGCAAGCGCUACUCGAUGUCUUUGCCUUUGAAUGUCUCUGCCUUCACUGCAUAAAACCAAAGAUGGAAAUACAACAAAGUGACGCCGACCGCCAUGCGGUGUCCACCUUCUGGAACGUCGAAAACGUUUCUUCUGGCCCAUUUGCGAGGCUGCCUGCGUUCGACAAAUGGUGCCUCGAGCCCUCUAUCCCCUCCUACAUCUUGAUAGACGCCCACCGCCAUGCCUUGGAUAUUAUCCGCGACGAAGGACUAGAAAUUCUGGAUACACACCCCGGUUCAGGUCCUGGGCACCGUGGGCACCCGCACAGGGACGUCGCGAGACAUAUUGACGCGAUCGCUAUGUGCUACGGGGCCUUGGAGGAUGCAGAUAACUUUCUGAUCUGGAUCAAGAGGGCGGCGGCGGCCCGAGAAAUGGGCGAUCCAGAGCAGAAGUUGGUCUUCAGCAAGUGGAUGUCGAACCCUAUGUCCUUCCCUGUGUGGGGGUGGAGGAAGGCGUUUUGCGCUGGUGACGCUGAGGAAGUGAAGCGCCUUUCGAAGGAUAUGGACAGUGGAGCCGAGAAGGAUGAUUCCACCGUUGGUCUCGCUGCUUGUAUCCAGAUGGGUAUGUUCGGUUUCAUUGGAAAGUAG